AGGGUUGGGAAAUGUACACAGUGCAGACGAUGUACAGUACCUUUGAACUUUCAUCUUUUAUUUUUCAGUUUUUAUCAUUAACCGUCAUUACUAAAGUUAAAACAUAAGGAUCAGAGAUUUGUUCUCAUGUCCAUAUAAAAGUAGUAUUUUCAAAUAUAGUUUAACCCACAAAAAAAAACGAAGCACUAUUAUUUCUGUUGCAUUCUUAUUUCUUCGAAAAAAUAAAGAUGGCAUUAAAAGGAAUUAAAGUAAUUGAAAUGGCAGGACUGGCCCCUGCACCUUUUUGUGGUAUGAUUUUAAGUGACUUUGGAGCAGAUGUAAUUCGAGUAGACAAGGCUAAUGCACCACCGCUAGAUCGCCAAGGAAGAGGGAAGCGGUCGAUUGCCUUGAAUUUGAAGUCUCCUGAAGGAAUUGCUAUUGUCCAUAAAUUAUGCUCAAAAGCUGAUGUUCUCAUUGAACCAUUCAGACCUGGAGUAAUGGAAAAACUUGGCCUUGGUCCUUCAGUAUUACUUAGCCAAAAUCCGCGUCUGAUAUACGCCAGACUUACCGGGUUUGGACAAAAUGGACCAUAUUCUUCUAUGGCUGGGCAUGAUAUAAACUACGUUGCUCUGAGUGGACUACUUUCUCUUCUUGGAAGGCAUAAAAGCAAUCCACUUCCUCCGCAGAAUCUAUUAGCCGAUUUUGCUGGCGGCGGCUUACUUUGUGCGAUGGGUAUAGCCAUGGCAUUGUUCGAAAGAGAGAAAUCUAAUAUGGGCCAAAUAAUUGACGCGUCGAUGGUUGAAGGGGCAGCCUAUAUUGGGUCUUGGAUUUUCAAGUCACGAGACAUGCCUGUUUGGAGCGGAGUUCGCGGAAAGAGUUGGUUUGACGGAGGAAUUCAUUACUACGAAACAUAUGAAACAAAGGAUGGGAAACACAUGACUGUUGGAGCCUUGGAGCCUCAAUUCUAUCAAGAAUUGAUUCAACGAUUGUCCGAUGCUGGAGUAGAGAACGUCCCCGAUCAAUAUCCUGACGAUUCCGAAGAAGCUAAAGCAAAAAUGACCGACAUUUUCCUACAGAAAACCCAGGAAGAAUGGCGAGCUAUUUUUGAUGGCACCGAUGCUUGUGUUGCGCCAGUGUUGAGCCUGGACGAAGCGCCUCUUCAUGAACACAAUCUUUCUCGAGGUAGCUUCGUUCGUAACACGAAAGGUCAAUAUGAUCCAGGACCAGCACCUCGUCUUAGUCGCACACCUGCUCAAGCCCAAAAUAACGUUGAGGAGCCGUCAAUUGGCGAAAACACUAGAGAAAUUCUUAUGCAAAUGGGCUACACCACAGAAGAUAUCCAAAAAUUCGUCAAAAACAAAGUUGCCCAUCAGAUUAAUGGCAGUGCUAAAUUGUAAACUAGUAAUUUUUUUUUUGGAAGUUCGUCUGGAAUUAAUAUUAAAAUGAUAUAUUUGUACGAAAAAAA